AUGAAAUUCAAGAAUUUAACUUGUCCUAAAAUUUGGGAAGGAUUGGAUGUGGAAACAGUCAAAUCCAUUCAUAAAUUGUGCAAAACUAUUUCCAAGAGUACUAUUCAAUUAUUAUUGGUUGAAAUGGAUGAGUUUUGGCAGAGAGUUUCUAACAUGUUGGAGAUGGCUGUUUAUUGGAAACGAUAUCAAUCAUUUGAGGGUUUUUCAUUGGCUAGAGGUGAUGUUAGUGUUGAUAGUUCCAUUUCCAUUGUAAAAAUGCAGAAAUUAAUAGAGGCAGUUGAGAUGAAUGCGAAUAGAGAGUACAAGGAUAUUAUCGAUCCAAACAUGUGUAGUAAUAAUUAUUAUUAUGAUACAGAUUUAGAUUUAAAUGAAGUUCCAAAUGAUUUCUCAAAUGAGGAAGUGAACAAUUCAUUCAUAGAACGAGCUCAGAAAUUAAUGAUUUCCAAAUCAAAGUUCGAAAAAAUCAAAGAAUUGACUCAAUUGGAUCCAUAUGAUUUAUUUCUGCAUAAGGCAUUGAUAUUGUCUCUUGAUAUGGUUUCAUAUUUUGAUAGCGAGAGAUACAAAGGUGAAAACCAUUACUAUUACAGCACUUUGGAAAGAUGUUGUUUAAUUUCAGAAGGAUUAUUUACUGAUAAUUUCACAGAUACUAAUUCUCUUGGUUUAUUGAUUGAUUUGGAGAUUGGAUACUCAGCAGAGGAUUUAACAGUUUUUGAAGAAAUUCAUCCUUGUUUUGUGGCCAUUUCUAUUAAUUUCAAUUCAAAUUAUCUGCACCUUACAGUACCAAAACAUGCUCAAUAUUUAUGCUUUUCUUUUGCAGAUCCGUAUGACAAUACAGAGGAAUACGAAAGCUUUUUAGAAGGUCAGGAUGAGUUUCCAAACGUUCGAGAUUUAACUAUCAAAUUUCCCAAUACGCAAAAUAACAAAUAUUUGGGUAUUGAUACUGCCGAUGUAGAGAAUAAUAUCCUCUCAGCAAUUACAAGAAAGAGAUUUCCCAAAUUAUUGAGACUUUCAAUUCAGGGAUCUGUUUCAAUGGAAAAUCUUGACAAUUAUGGAAUAUUCUCUGAAUUAUUGUAUGUGGAAAUUAUUAAUAAUAGAAGAAGAGCCGAUGAUUAUGUCAUUGUUAAAUAUUGGACUGAAAGGACAGUUCACUCUUUCAUCAAGCAACAAUUUAUUGAGAAGGAUUCACUGAUUCAUCAAUUGGUUCUCUAUGCCAAUAUUUGUAGGAAUUAUCCAGAUGCAGAUUACAAUUCCAUUAAGGAAUACUAUGAUAUGAGCAAGGAAAAAUUUGUACCCUGCAUUGCACACUCUUCUGUCAAUGAAUAUUAUGAUAGAUGUUAUGAGUAA